UCUUCUUCCUUCUCAGAUCAUCUGAGUUUGUUUUGGAAGAUUAAAAAAAAAAUUAUGAAUAAUUUCAGAGUAGAAGAGUUGCAGGUUUCUGGGUUCAAUGGUGAAGUGGACCCUCCUUCAGAACUGGGUACUCCGGCCGCAACAGAAACCAUGUCUACAGAAUGGACAGAUGAGAAACACAGUAUGUACCUAAAAUCUAUGGAAGCAUCGUUUGUUAACCAGUUGUAUAACUCCAUGGAUUCGCGUGGUCGGCACACACAUAAGGGAAACUUGUCACAUAUAAAAUCAUCCAAGCAACCCCAGUUCAACUCUCGAGCUGCUUCUGGCCAGUUUAAGGUACUUCGAGCUGGCUGCUGGCAGAAAAUCAAUUUCGGAAGAGGUGAAGCUGAGGUAAGUAAGUCAGAUGGUGGUGAUCUUCUGGCAAAUCCGUGGAUCUUGCACUUCAGAUCCACUUGCAAGCCAAAAGAUGUUGAAUCUCCUAUUGUCCAAGAACAGGUUAUAUGUGAAGAAGUUGAUUCAAGUUUGAAGAAAGAAAUUACUUCUGCACCAGCUACUUGUUUGAAGCAGUUUAAUGUAUCUCACUCUCAUUUGACGCACCAGGAUAUGGUUGGCGGCAACACAGAAGUGUCAGACCAGAACUUCGCUGAUGAAGAAAUCAAAGAGGAAAAGUCCAUUACUUCAUGCAAUUCUAAGAGGAUGAAAAGUCUUAUACUUCAAGCCUCAAGUAACGAUCAGGUUGUUCCAUUCCGGAAGCCUGCUCAUACUGAAGAUAGAUAACGAAGAGCUUCAUAUCUGCAGCUUUAUGAAAUGAGACUCUUUAAAAGGAAACAAAUGGAUUUUGUGGUUACCUUCUAACACAUUAAUGACACUCAUGACCAAGUUUUGAAGUGAUGCAUGUCUGCAAUCAUACAUUAUUGUCUGUAUGUCAGAAAGGGAUUCAAUCAAGAAAAUUAUUCAUAUGUUUUGGGUGUAAAUAGGAUUGGCAUCGGGAGAAUGGGGCGGCAGAAUUGCGCUGUUAUUACGCCAGUACAGGUUUAGAGUUUAGUAUCAGUAAUGUUUUGGUUAAAACAAUCUAGCAUCUCAUUUUCAGGUACCAGAGUUUAGAAAUGCUGCUGAAUCAGAUUGUCUAGAAAUAUCUUGCUGCAUGCUAAGCCAGCUGGAUGAGACUAUUGUAGUACUGAUUUGGUGGAUAACCACAACAUGCAUAGCGUGUUAAGAGUUUUUUCUUUUUCUGAUUCGAUGACUUGUUUCUAGCAUCAUGUGGUCUGCAUUCAUCAUCGUCUUUGAGAUACAAGAG